AUGGACCCCGAUGCCUUCGUGCAUUCGCUCUGCCGGCCGGUCCGCCGCUCGCUCGCUUCGCCCUCCCGGCGAGUUGAACGGAGGUACGAGGGCCUUUGGGGUGCGAUCGUGACCUUCCCCAAGCGCCAGCCCUUCGCCACCAACGUGAUCGUGGCCACAAUCAAGACCUCUGCCGCUGAUCUCAUCGUGCAAAAAGCUGAAGGCAGAGAGAGAAUAGACUGGCAGAGGAAUGGAGCCUUUACGGCCUUCGGGUUUGCCUACCUUGGCAUGAUUCAAUGGUUCAUUUACGUCACGCUGUUUUCUCGCCUUUGCCCCAAUGCGAUUCGCUUCGCAAAUCUUCCAUGGGCGGAGAAGCUGAAGUGCCGUGCGGGGCAGAUUGACCUCGUAAAGCAGACGGCUCUGGACAAUUUUGUCCACUACACCUUUGUCUACUUUCCAGUCUUCUACAUCAUCAAGGAGAGCAUCAACAGCCUUGGGGAGAAGCAGAAGCAGAGCGAAGAGCCGCUGGUGACCCGGGCCCUGCAGAAGUACUGGAGGAAUUGUGUCCAGGACAACUUGGCCAUGUGGUCUCUAUGGAUUCCCUUCGACCUCAUCAUCUAUGCUGUGCCCAUUUGGCUGCGGCUGCCCUUGAACCAUGGCAUCAGCUUGGCCUGGACCAUGAUCCUGGCGCGGGCACUCAGCUUUUUUCUCCGAACGCGACAGAAGAAGCGAAGGUUUAGUUCGGCGCAGUGUUGGGCCGGGGCGCUGUUUCUGACCCCGGUCCAACUGGUCGCUAUGGGCUCGGAGAUGAACGAUGAAGAGGCGGAAAUCCUGGAAAAGGCCCUCGUCGAUUUAGAGAUCUUUCAGAACUGCCCAAGGCAUCUGAUUCAUCAGAUCACCGAGAAGGCCACCAGCAAAAGAUACGAAGGCCAUGAAGAAGUGGUCUUCUCCGACCAGGUGCCGUUGCUGGUCGUCCUGUCGGGGGACUUGCGGAUUUGCAUCGGCUGCGCGCCGGACUCGGACGUGGGCCCCGGCAGCGUGCUGAACGUGUCCGGCAUGCUGGGCCUUCAUGAGCUCGCGGAGCCCUUCAAGCCUAAGGCUGGGAAGUCCGCAGAGAAUACCGAAGAGUGUGAUGAAGCCAUCUCUGUGGAUGUGAAGACGCUGUCCGGACCUCUGAAGGAUGAGGUGGUGAAUAUUUACAACUUGUGCCCGAUUUCUUGCGGAGUGGGGCUGAAGCAGACCAAUCUGUCUGGGUGGCUGCGAAUGGACAUCAAGCCCGCGGGCGCGGUAAAGGUGGCCAUGCUCACCUUGGACAACAUCGAAGAUGUCAUGCAAAAAGGGGACGCCCUGAAGCUCUUUCACAAGAACCUCUCGCGACUCACUGAUCACUUCAUCUGCAUCCUGCGCCACGGCAUCUUCCCCGGCGUGCCUCCGGAGGUGAUCUGGCUGAUCUCCUGCGGUACGCAGCGACGUCACUAUCAUCCCAAGGAGACCCUGGUGGAGGAGGACGAUCUCGGGGAGGAGGCAGAUUGGCUCAUCGCCAUCAACAGUGGCAAGGUGGACGUGGAGAAGCUCGCCUACAACGGGGAGGAGGCCGUGCCUCAGCACAUCGGCAGCCUCACCGAGGGCGCGGUGCUGGGUGACGUCUGUUUCAUCCACGGGGGCGUGCCGCGGGGAGCCACGGUGCGAGCCCACACGGAGGUAGAUGCCAUUGCGAUCCCACCCAGCGUGAUUCUGCAGGCCUUGGCGCUCUUCCCAGGAAUCACUGGCAGCUUCAUGGGCCGCUUGAGGGAGAUCGUAAUGCAGCUGCAGGGCAGUCUGCCGCGGCCGGCGCAGGCCCUGAAGGGCAUGCAGAUCUUCGCCUCCUGCGACCUGGCCUUUCUGCGGGCUGUGGCCAGCGUCUCGGAGCGCAAGGUGUUUUUCGCAGGCGACGCCUGCCGCGAGGAGGGAGUGAUGGAUGAUACGCUCCGAGUGAUAGAGUUUGGCAGAUGCCGCGUGGAGCGCCGAGUCAAGGGAAGCGGGGUGCAGCACUGCGGCUUCUGCGAUGUGGGUACCGUGUUGGGUGAGCGCAGGUUCUUCAACAUGCCCUCCAAGUGGCCGGACGCCAGCUUUCGCAUCGCCACGCCUCUGGCGCUGCUGCUCUUCAUCCCCAGGCAGUCCUUCAACGGGGUCCUGGAGAACUACCCCUCCGAGCAGCAGAGGUUUCGGCUGGUGAAGGAGAUGACGAAGACGGACCGGGGCAACGCCAAGCGGGAGCACGACGCCGCCAGCCUCUCCAUCCUGCAGGGCUGCGGGCCUGGCUUCCUGCAGGCCAUCGCAGGCUGCAUACGAACGGUGACGUACAAGAUCGGGCAGACCAUCACCGUCCAGGGAGCAGUGGACUCUGGAUCAAUGUACAUCAUCAAGGGCGGCUCAGCGGAAGUCUUCGUGAAUCACCGCUUCGUGAAGGAGGUGCACUCGGGGGACAGCUUUGGUGAGCUCACCAUCCUGGGCUUUGUGAAGCGCCGCUCCGCGGUGGUUCGCGCCAAGGAGAUUUGCAUCGUGCUGGAGAUGCCUCGCGCCGCCUUCAUUGCCGCCUUAGAGGAUCACCCGGAGGAGCAGGAGCACUUCCAGAAGAUUGGGCGCCAGCACGGGGUGGUGGUCUCCAGUACCCAGUGGCCGCUCUUCGAGGGUGCGUCACAGAAGCUGCUAUCUCUGAUCAACCUCUAUGCAAGGAAGCACAUCACGGCCAAAGGGCAUUGGUCCACCUUCAACGGGGAGCAGCUGCCGGAGCAAGCUGCGAUCCUGGUGUUGCGCGGCGAGAUCCGCAUGGUGACCCAAGACAAGGAGCUGGUCUUUACGGAGGGCACGUGCUUCAACGAGCAGCUGCUCUUCGGGCUGCCGCCUCUGGAGGGGCGGCUGCACCCCCAGGGCAACUGCGAGGUGCAGAUCAUGACCGCAGAGAUCUUCGACCGCGUGGUGGCGGAAUGCCCCAAUGAGAGGGACUUCAUUAUGCAGCGCAUUGUCAACGAGAUCGCCCGGAAAGCUGAGCAAAGUAUGGGAUUCCAGCGAGGUGAUCCCGGUGGGGCCCUGGUGCUCUCCACCGUGAUCCAAGUUGCCGCCGACGAUUUUGCCGACAACCUGCGGAAGCGCAUCGAUGCGCGCAUCUACGAGCCCGGACAGGUGGUCACAGAAGCCGGCGAAGACGGUGACUGCAUGUAUGUCCUGGUGGAGGGGGAGGCGGAGAACGAGGGGGACGGGCUCUGCCACGGCAAGCCCCUGCCCCUCAAGGCAGGCAGCGUCUUCGGAGAAUCAGUCUUGCUCGGUGUUGCGCGUACCUAUCCCAACCGCACCAGGGCAACGAGUCGUUGUAUCGCCUUGGCCCUCACACAGCAAGUCUUCCAGGAGGUGCUGGAGGAGUUCCCCUCGCACGUGGAGCUGUACAACCACAUGGCCCUGCAAGGCGCGCCUGAUGCAGGCAGCUCCCUGGAGCUGAAUGCUCAGCUGGGCAAGAGCCGGGCCUUCUCCAACGUGAGCAAGGACUUCCUCACCGUGGUCUGCGAGCGCGCGGACGAGGUCUACUUCGGCCCGGGGGACGACAUCUUCCGCCGGGGCGAGGCCUGCAAGCUCGGGGACGCGCUGAUGUACAUCCUCUUGCAAGGUGCGGCAAUUGUGGAAGGAGAAUACGGCGAUGAGCUUGGAAGGUUGAACCCUGGGGAUGUGGUGGGGGAGGGCGGUGCUCUUGGCAUCGCCCCCAUCCGCGGCGCCACCGUUCGGGCCUGGCGCGACACCUUGGUUCGGGCGGUGCGGCUGCAUGGUAGCUCCGUGCAGAGGGCGGUCACUGCCUUCCCUGACGAGUACGAGUCCUUGCAGGCUAUUUUCCAGAAGCGCGCUUCUGCAAACAAGGAGGUGGAGCGUGUUCGGCAGAAGUGGCUGCAAGAGCAGGUCAUUCCUGCUCUCAAUGAUUGCCGGAUUUUCACCGGAUUUCCGGAGCCCAUCAUCCGGAAGAUCGCGGAGCACUUGCUUCAGGCCACCUAUACCAGCGGCCAGCUGGUGUGCUGCGCGGGGAACGGGGCCGACUCCAUGAUCAUUUUCCUGAAGGGUGCGGCUGAUGUACAUACAAAGUCAGGAGACCUCAUCGGCAACCUGACGGACGGCGCGGUCAUCGGCGAGGUGGCCGUGUUGGGACUCUUCCCCUGGCGCACUGCCACGAUCCGUGCAACUGCCAAUACCGACGCAGUUUUGAUCACCGCCAACCUCAUCUCGCGGAUCCUUCAGGGCGACGAUGCGGUGGAGGCUCGGAAGCGCUUUGAGCAGAUGCAGGAGGAGCGGCGGACCCAGGUGGAAGGUGGAAUGCCGUUGUGUGCCCUGCCGUUCAAUGUUGCUGUGAAGGACGUGGUGUCCCGGGCCGUGGCGCUGCACGCGGUGCGCUUCACCUUCGGCAUGGGCGAGACCUUCACGCCGAAAUCCAAGUCGCAAGGGCCUCACUACUGGAUUCUGGUGCAAGGCAGCAUGAACCUGAUGAUGGGGCACCGGCACAUCAUGCUCUUCACCCCGGGGGGGACGGAGCUGCUGCCGGAGCACAUUGCCCAGGACUACGGCGCCUCCAUGCACGCGGCCACCCCCUGUGAGGUUUACCGGGUGGGUUUCUAUGACGUGCUCCUUGCCACCUCCGUGGUGCGAGCGAAGUGGUACAAACACUUCGAAAAGCUCAUCGAAGAAGUGGAGGCCAAAGUUCGCCUGAAGCUGCAGGGCGCUCGCUCCAUUAGUCUCAUGAAGAUGCGGAAGAGCAGAACAGAGACCAACCUCUUCCAAGCGGGUGACGAAGUUGGAGGAUCCUGGCCUUUGCAGAAGGCUGGGCAGCAGAUGGUGGCCCCUGGCAGCUGGCAGGUGGCCAAGCUGCCCAAGUGCACUUCGCAGCCGCGCCUGGCGGGCGACAAGCUGCUGAAGCUGCGCGAGGACUUUGGCUCGAGAGGCCCCAAAGGCAAGGCGCGGCUCCCGUCCAUCUCUGCGAGUGGCAGGCAAAGAAGAGGCUGAGAGGACCGUCGCCGAAGCCUGACUCGAGCAUGGCGCGGCAUGCGUGUGAC